GAUAAAGAAAUAAUUAUUUCCGCUGCCUAUUAGCAAACAAUGGGCUGAAAAUGUCAGUACCAUUUUAGAUUAAUGCCAGAACUUUAAUGGCUGCCGAUGCUAGAUCAUCGUCUGGGAAAGUGCCUCUUAGGGAGACCAAAGAGAAACUUCAGGAUAGCCGUAUAAAGAAAUUGAAGAGACGCAUCUCCGCCAGUUUUGGACGUCUUUCCUUGACCAAAGAGGGACCCAUCCCAGAAUGUGACCAAGAGUCGGAACAGCCAUCGUGUAAUGGCUUAUCUUGGUCUCAAGAUGAAGCAUUUAGUGAUCCAGGAAGUGACAUCAAUGGUCACGUGACCAAUGGCAAGCAACCAUGGACCAGGACACAGUCCAAGCCGGCCGUGGUGCCUCGGGCCACAGCGAAGCCUCCUGUCAAGCGGCACUACUCAGCUGGCGACAUGCUUGUCUCAAACGCGCCACAGAUUGACGCAGUGAACUUACAGCGACCCAAGUCGGAGGGCCACGCCUACAGCAGACAACACCUGUCCAAACGGGCGUCCAGCUGCGGGGGCAAGUCACCCCUGGGACAGAGUGACUCAUACCGUAAGCUGGAGCAGCUUGGUGAAGGGUCUUACGCCACAGUUUACAAGGGAAUAGGAAGUGUGAGUAAGCAGGUUGUUGCAUUAAAAGAAAUCCGAUUACAAGAAGAAGAAGGAGCUCCUUUCACUGCCAUUAGAGAAGCAUCACUGUUGAAGGGUCUGCGGCAUGCGAACAUCGUCACACUUCAUGACAUUAUUCACACAAAGGAUACGUUGACAUUUGUCUUUGAAUUUGUGAACACAGACUUAAGUCAGUACUUGGAGCUACACCAGGGAGGAAUAAACUAUUAUAAUGUGAAGAUUUUUACCUUUCAACUUCUUCGUGGUCUGUCUUGUUGUCAUCACAAAAGAAUAUUACACAGAGACUUGAAGCCACAGAACUUGCUAAUCAGUGAGAUUGGUGAAUUAAAACUGGCAGACUUUGGUUUGGCUCGUGCGAAGUCGAUCCCAAGUCGGACGUACUCCCACGAAGUUGUGACACUCUGGUACAGACCUCCGGACGUACUACUCGGCUCAACAGACUAUUCCACCUCCCUAGAUAUAUGGGGAGUUGGUUGUAUAUUCACCGAGAUGAUCUCUGGACUUGCGGCCUUCCCAGGCAUGAAAGAUGCCUAUGAUCAACUAGACAAAAUAUUUAAGGUACUUGGUACUCCUACCGAACGUACGUGGGAGGGUGUGUCCAGACUUCCACAUUACAAUCAAAAAAAGUUUGGCAUGUACUCUAGUCAGCCACUGUCCAUCUGUAUCCAGAAGUUGUCGUUGAUACCUCAAGCCCCAGACCUGGCGUCCAAACUACUACAGAUGGAGCCUACGAAAAGAUUAUCAGCCGAUUCCGCCAUGAAACACGAGUACUUCAGUGACCUGCCUCCAAUGAUACAUGCUCUACCAGACACUUCCUCUGUGUUUGACAUUCCUGGUAUCAAACUGCAGCCGGAGAUGGACAGUGUGUCCUGUAUGAAGAGAUCGUCCGGGCGCAGCGGUAUACGGACAACGCUCAAGAUUUAGUUUCCUCUAGAAUAGAGCUAUAUUUGAAGUGCAUCUUUGAUGACCGAGUGAAAGGACAUGAUGUAAGAGUGAUUGUGAUUGGUUGAGAAGCUUUUAAUUAAUUUUCCACAAAAGAGUCAUGUGUCGGACAUUCUGAUUGGAUAGUGAGGAGAAGACGCACACUGUGAUUGGCUGCUGUAGAGUGGUGUACUAUAGACUUGAGAGGAGCUUCAUUCACACAGCAUUGGGUUUUGUUUUGGUUUUGUUACAUGGUGCUGCCAUCUAGCUGUCCAAGUUUCAGUCCAAGAAAGAUAACUUAAUGUACAUGAAUUGCCUGACUUUUGUUUUAAGUUAUAGCUAUGUUUCAUAUGUGCUUUAUGUUAAUAUGUAUCCAUUUUUGUCUGUCUCCACAUACAUACCCUACCCUCGCCAGUAGACAAAGUAAAAAAAAGAUCUAUUUGAAUGUGAUAGUUAGGAUGCAUAAAAAAGAACCCUCCAAUAACCUCCCUUUUGAUACAUAAACAAGCAAGUUCAUUUGAUAGCAAAUUUUGUCCAUUAUUGCUGUGAAUAUCCAAGAACAUACUGUUAAAGGCAUUAUAUUAUUACGUUUAUAUCCGAAAAACUUUCCCUAGACUCCAGAAGGGCUUUUCUUUUCAACAUCACCUGUUCUCAGACAAGUGCUCUCUCCCCCCCCCCCCCCCCCCCCCACCACCACCACCACCACCACACGGCUAGUAGUCUGGUCCGAACAUUCCAACAGCCAAUGGGAUGGCCUAAGUUUUCUCCAUAUUUUUAAUCUUAAUGAUACCACUGAAGAUACAAAACAAAUGCUAUUAAUACCAACCAUACAAAAAACACAAUUUGAGAGCAGACAUAAUGAUUUGUAUCAUGAUUAGCUUCCAUUAAACCAUCCAUGUAUGUAUAUAUGUGUGUUCUGGUGUCAGGAAGGUUUAAAAUGUCUCUAAUGCUUGGCACACACCUUCCAAUUAACAUCGACUCGACAGUCAUGUCGGCAUUAAUCAGUAUGUGUGCAGGGCAUAGACACGACAGUCAAGUUUAAUCUCCAGUUUUUCACCGAUUAUACUGUUGAUUAUACUGUUGCGUCGGCUGGUGUGUGCAGGUGCAUAUUUUCAGACUACUGUCGACUCCAAAGUCGAGUCGGUGUUAAUCGGUAGGUGUGUGCCAAACAUUAGUAUUUUGCUUGCUCUUCUGUUAUAAGUAUCUCAGUAAUAAUAAUUCAUUUUUGAUUAGAAGAAGAAGCCUGUUUAUUCUUUCAUUAAGCUGUGUUCACAUAUACAUAGUUACAGAUCCAAAUCCAUUAUUAACUUUAAAAAUGCCAAUUUUUUUUUUUUUUUCCAUUAUGUUGAUCUAUUUAAUUGAAAUGUGGUUCAACAAACAGAUGACAAAUCUGUGACUGGUACUUAAUUGUUUUGGAUUUUUUAUAUUAUUAUUUUUUUUAUUAUUAUUGUUUUGUUUUUUUACAAAUAUGUGUAGUAUAAACCCAACCUGAAACCAAUUGUUGAACAUUUUCUAUUAACUUGCCAAAUGCCAAAAAAUUAUUUAUUUUUCAUGUUUUUUUGUGAACAUGUAACUGAUUUGUAUCUUUCUUUUUGUAAUGCUUAUCUUGACCUUAAACCAAUGUGCAAGACGUCCAUUUUUAAUUUAAACCCACUGACCCUACUUUUUUUAGUCAACAGUGAAAUAUCUUUCACUGUUACAGCCUUUUUACUGUCAACUUCCAUAUUGCUUACAAUGCUUUGUUUAAAGUAUCACUGGACUACAUCCCCCCCUGCUUACUGUAGUCUACAUGCAUCUAAAAUUGAUUACACUAUAUCCAAGAUUUUAGGGUACAUAAUUUUACCUUUCGUACACUCUCUGUGUGUGCCCCCCAUCCCGAGUCAGGCCACCGAUCUUAUCGGAGGUCGGACUCUGGAUGGGCGUGUUUGAAACCCUAGUGGUAUAUGAGCAUGUUAAAGUAGUUAUCUAUCUCUGUGUGUAUGUGUCUGGUUUGAACAGUAUUUAUUUCCACCGCCAAAGUUUCUUCUAGCUUUAGUUUUUAUCGUUUUAAACAUUUGUGUGACAGUGACUUUUAUUUAGAAAUGUGUGAUUUAAAGAAAUGUGGAACUGAUGCUGCAGUUCUGUAUGUGUUUCACAACACAUGCAAGAUUCAUAUGUGUUUCACAUUUCUGUGUUAUAAAUGUGACCGUGUGUUCAUUAGUGUUAUUUUGUAUUCAAAAUUUAUGACAUAAAGAAAUGUGAAAUGAAUGUUGGAAAAAUGAUGCAGUGAAAUCAGUUCAUUUCACUUCAAAAGUAGUAUGUAUUUCACAUUUCUCUUCACAAACUUAAUGCUGUAUUUAGAAAUGUUAUUUUAUUCAGAAUUUAUUAUGUACAUGUAAUGAAAUGUUUUAGUGCAGUCAAGAAAAUGUGAACUUUACUGUAGUAUAAUCUAUUUAAUACAACCAGCUAAUAGAUGUUUACCCCCCCCCCCCAAAAAAAAACAAAAACAAAAAAACAACCCCAACAACAAUAAAUUAACCACUAUUCCACUACUAUUUGUGAAUAUUAUAAUUUCAAAUUUGUGCUAUAAAUGCUGUAAAGAAAUGUGGAACUGUACUGUCAUGAAGAAAUAUGGAACUGUAGUACUGUAAAGAAAUGUGGAACUGUACUGUUGUAAAGAAAUGUGGAAUUGUACUUCCCUAAAGAAAUGUGGAAAAUGUACUGUUGUAAAGAAAUGUGGAACUGUACUGUUGUAAAGAAAUGUGGAAUUGUACUUCCCUGUAGAAAUGUGAAACAAUACUGACAUAUAAAGAAAUGUGGAACUGUACUGCCCUAAAGAAAUGUGGAACUAUACUGUUGUAAAGAAAUUUGGAACUGUACUACCAUAAAGAAAUGUGGAACUGUACUGUUGUAAAGAAAUGUGGAACUGUACUGUUGUAAAGAAAUGUGGAACUGUGCUGCCCUAAAGAAAUGUAAAACUUCAUGUAUACUACAGUAAAAUCAGUUUAAUCCAAAUCAUACAGGUCUGGCAGUCAUUUCAUAGUUCUUUUUGUUACCAAUUUAAUUGUGCAUUCAUAGAUGUUAUUUUGUAUAGUAUAGUAUAUGGAAUAUGUUUGUAUGCAAAUUUUAAGUGUACUUUAAAUGUCUUUACAAAUAUUUGCCAAAAAAAGUAUAAUAUAAGCUGAUGAGUCGAAGGAAGAAAAAAGCAUUAUGAAUAAUAUUGUUAUUGAGAUACCAAAUAUUCUGUGUUUUUGUAACCCAACUUAACCAUUGUCAUAGUGGACAGUUAUUACUGAAGGGGGGUGGGGGGGGGGGUUGCUUCAUAUUAUUUAAAAAAAAAAAAAAAAAAAAUUGAAAACAAACAAUGAAUUUGGGAGAAAUCUCUUACGCUUCCAAACCAAAAUCUAGAAUUCGCAGAAGCACAAAUUGUGCUAAAUUUGUUUCUUGCAAUCCAAUUUGCUAGGAUUAGCUUUGUUUCACUUUUUUUUCUUUUUUUCUUUUUUUUAUCAGGAUAGUUUAUAUGAGUUUAUCAAUAUUCAUUAUUUAUUUUGCUGCUGGAUACAUUAAAUAUUUUCAGAUGUGUGUUCAGAAUUGUGAAAUGGUGUAUUAAUUUAAUCACAUCCAUCUGCCAGGAUUCUGCCUGUUUGACUUUAUUAUUUCAACAACAGAAAACUUAAAACAUGAAGUACUUGCAGAGAACUUGCUUUGAAUAGUAAUUUUAAAUGAGGUAGUGAUUUUCCUGUUUAGAAUUAGGUGCCAAAAACUGACAGUAGAAAUGGCUUUUGGGAAUUAUUUUCAUGAUCUGAUAAUUUGAUAUUAGCAUUGUAUAUUGGUUUUGUUUACCAUUUAAUGUCAGUCGUAUGAAACGUAUUAAACAAAUUUAUUGCAUUUCCAAAAUCAUUCAUCAUUUUGUUAUACAUACAUUUGGUAUUAUUAAAUAUUAAUUUAUGGAAUUCUGGUGAUUUUAAAAUAAUUGAUUUUCAUGUUUUUACUUUUUUAAAUGAUGAAUGAAACUUGAUUGUAAUAUUGAACAAUUUUGUUUCAUUUGUGUGUAACCCUAAUUAUAUCUGUUACAAAAUACUGAAUUUCAAUUUUAUAAUAUAAUUAUUAUUAUUUAUUUUUCAUUUGGCCUCAGCUUUUGAUAGCUUUAAUAAUCUGCUAGUCUGUAUGAUAUUGCUCAAAUGUUUAUAAAGGUUUUAGAAAAUUUAUAUAUUUUGCUUUUGUUGGUGCUGUAAUUAUUCAACAUUGAAAUUUUUCAAAGAUAAUCAGUCUUUUUAAGAUCUUUAAGUGAUUACAUUUUGCAAUUAAAUUUCCAAUUCCUAAAAAAAACCUCUUCAAGGAGAUAGUUCUAUUAUAUUGAACAUGAUAAUUAUUUGAUAAUGGUGAUAGUAUCACUAAUUUGCCAAAGGUCAUAUUUUUGUGUUAUAACAUGAUUACAAGCUCUUACCAAAAUUGUAAUUGAUGUUUUUAUUCUAUUUUAAAUGCAAAAAAAAUGUACAACAUAUACAUCUAAGGGGAAUAACUCUUAAUUGCAAAUUAGUUUUGGUAAUAAUAAAGAGGUCGGAGGUCA